AUGGAACGUGCACUUAAAAAAAGCGUCGUCGCAUCGAAGCACAAGCCAGAACAGCAAGAAGAACCAGAGGAACUCGAUUACGACAGCGAGGACGUCAUGAUUGAGUUUAUCAAGGUGGAAUGUGGCAAGAAUCCAGAUUCCGAUCCAUUUAUUUCCAGCGUUGAAGUUCAGGAUGAUCAGCUGGUAAAUGACGACGUUUUUCCAGAAUUGAUUGUACGUACGAAAAGACAAAAAAAUUAUAGUAAGCAUAAACUCAACAGUGUAGCUACAGCUCGACGUGACCGUGCAGCAUCGUCAACAAGAGACCAAGUGAUGCCCACACCAUCAUUGAAAACAAAAUCAACCACACCAGAAGCAGUAGACACAUUCACUGAAGCAAUAACAUCCGACAAAUCCAUCGUAAACUUGUUGUCACGCACAGAGCAAAAGCUCACCAAAUUGGAAACAAGCUUGAUGGAAAUUAAUGGAAAGUUAGAUUUAAUCGGUGACCAAUUCCAAUCCAUCCUGCAUAAUGUAGCAAAACCACCUCAAAAGAAGCGUACAUUUAUUGACAUAGGGUUUAAAGCUAUCGAUAGUUUGGAACAGUUAGAAUCGUUUAAUGAACAACUAGCCCAACCAGACUAUGAGGAGAAGAUUUUCCAGUGGCUAGAAGGAUACGUAUCCGACGGCAGAAGUGAAAACCGUAUGGCCGAUGCAUUGGAUGUAUUGUUUACAAGAAAAUUUCUAACCCAAUGCAGCUGGACCGGCAUAGGCAAGGGCACGCAAAAGAUAGCGAUGAUGCAAAUGACGAACGUCACACGAUUGUUCCAGCGCAUAGGAACAACAGCGACGCUAACCGUUAACCACAAACGAGUGGCAAUCUUUUUCAUGAAAAAACUUAAAAAUGCAUAUAAACGAGCACAAGCUAAGGGCUUUCGAAAAACCGUUUCCUCACCGUCAACAUCCCCACAAUAA